AUGGAGCCGGACGGGGACCUGGAGGAGCUGGCCCGGCUGCGCUCCGUCUUCGCCGCCUGCGACGCGAACCGCUCGGGGCGCCUGGAGCGCGAGGAGUUCAGCGCUCUGUGCGCGGAGCUGCGCGUGCGGCCGGCCGACGCCGAGGCCGUGUUCCAGCGGCUCGACACCGACCGCGACGGCGCCAUCACCUUCCAGGAGUUCGCGCGCGGCUUCCGCGGGGCCCACCGCGGGAGACGGCGCUGGGGCCGGGGGCCGCGGGAGCCUGCGUUCACUGCGGCCCUGGUGGGGUCCGACCCCGGGGACAGCCAGGAGGACGAGGGCGACGAGGACGCGGCGGCGGCACUGGCCGCCCACUGGGACUCGGCGAGCCCGGGCCAGGCUUGGCAGGACUUCCAGGCGCGACUCGGGGACGAGGUCAAGUUCAUCCCCAGAAAAGAGCAAGUUAGUACCUUGUAUCAAAACAUCAACCUCGUGGAGCCAAGACUAAUUCAGCCAUAUGAACAUGUUAUAAAGAACUUUAUCCGUGAGAUCAAACUUCAAAGCACAGAAAUGGAAAACCUGGCCAUCGCAGUGAAGAGAGCCCAGGACAAGGCAGCCAUGCAAUUGAGUGAAUUGGAAGAGGAAAUGGAUCAGAGGAUUCAGGCUGCAGAACACAAGACACGGAAAGACGAAAAACGCAAAGCUGAAGAAGCCCUCAGUGACCUCAGGCGUCAGUAUGAAACAGAAGUGGGAGAUCUACAGGUGACAAUAAAGAAACUCAAAAAGCUAGAAGAACAAUCAAAACACAUAAGUCAAAAGGAAGAUGUGGCUGCAUUAAAAAAACAAAUUUAUGACUUAUCAAUGGAAAAUCAGAAAGUUAAGAAGGAUCUUUUAGAAGCACAGACAAACAUAGCCUUUCUUCAGAGUGAAUUAGAUUCUUUGAAAAGUGAUUAUGCUGAUCAGAGUCUGAAUUCUGAAAGGGAUCUGGAAGUAAUCCGAGAGUACACAGAAGAUCGAAAUAGUCUUGAGAGGCAAAUUGAAAUACUCCAAACAGCUAACAGGAAACUGCAUGACAGUAACGAUGGCCUAAGGAGUGCCCUUGAAAACAGUUACAGCAAGUUCAACAGAUCCUUGCGCAUAAAUAAUAUAUCACCAGGGAAUACAAUUUCUAGAAGCAGUCCUAAAUUUAAUGCUCAUUCUCCUCAACCUCUGGGCUAUGACAGGUCAUCCCACUCUUCCUACAUGGAUGAGGACUGUGACUCUCUGGCCCUCUGUGAUCCCAUGCAGAGGAUAAAUUGUGAUAUUGACAGCCUGCCUGAGAGCUGCUUCGACAGCGGCUUGUCUACCCUGAGAGAUUCCAAUGAGUAUGACUCGGAGGUGGAGUACAAGCACCAGAGGGGAUUCCAGAGGUCACACGGCACACAGGAGAGCUUUGGGGGUGAUGCUUCAGACACAGACGUUCCUGAUAUAAGGGAUGAAGAGACGUAUGGCUCAGAAGACAUGGCUUCCAUCCUGGACUGGAAGCCGCAGGAGUCUGCUAGUGAAGGCAGUGUCAUUAGCUCCUUGAGAAAGCCCAUCUCAGCACUUGCACCACAGACAGACAUGGUGGAUGAUAACCAUAAAUCUUCCAGCUCACAGAAGGCUUACAAGAUUGUGCUGGCUGGGGACGCUGCAGUAGGAAAGUCAAGUUUGCUCAUGAGACUUUGCAAGAAUGAAUUUCAAGGAAACACAAGUGCCACCCUGGGAGUUGAUUUUCAAAUGAAAACUCUCAUUGUAGACGGAGAGCGAACAGUACUGCAACUCUGGGAUACCGCUGGCCAGGAGAGAUUCAGAAGUAUUGCCAAGUCUUAUUUCAGAAGAGCAGAUGGUGUUUUGCUGCUGUACGAUGUUACGUGUGAGAAAAGCUUUCUUAAUGUACGAGAAUGGGUAGAUAUGAUUGAGGAUGCAGCCCAUAAUAGCAUUCCUAUCAUGUUGGUAGGAAACAAGGCUGAUCUUCGUGAUGCUGCUGAAGCGGAAGGACAAAAAUGUGUCCCAGGGUACUUUGGAGAAAAACUGGCCAUGACCCAUGGGGCACUAUUUUGUGAAACAAGCGCCAAAGAUGGUUCGAAUGUAGUGGAAGCUGUUCUCCACCUUACUCGGGAAGUGAAAAAAAGAACCGAUGAGGAUGACAGCAAAUCCAUUACCAAUCUGAGUGGGACCAGUUCCAAAAAGUCAACCCAGAUGAAGAAUUGUUGCAAUGGUUAA